AAUAAAACUUUUCAGAUUUUACUAAAAUGUUGAAAACAAGAAUUUAAAAUGUCUCUGAAAGGUCGUGUAUCUAAGAAGGGGGGAGGGAAGGGAGGGAACCCCUUCGAUAGGAUGAUGCAGGAACAGUGUAAUAAACCAGUAGCAGCUAAAUCUGCAGGAAUUGUUGGAAAAUGGGGAACAACUUCUUUUACUUCUGUUCGUUCAACAGGCGAAAAACCGAGUGGAGCACCUAAGCCUAAAAAGUUCUUCAAAUCAAGAGCUGAGAAUUCAGAAAACAAGGAGAGUUUAAAUCCUGAUUCCUCCAGCAAACUAGUUGAGAAGAAUUUAAAGGAGACUUUACCAGAACCAAGAAAGAAAGAUAAAAUUAUUGAAUCUAAGUCGGGGGUUAGUAGGGUGAAGCCACCCCUGGAGAGGUCCCCCCUUCACCCUUUCCCUUUGCACCCCUCCCCUCAACAUACUUCGCCUCCGACGAGUAAUCCGUCAACUACUCCUCCUAGGACAAGUAUUGAUAUAAUAUUUACAAAAAUCUUGAACAUAUUGUUGAAUCAGUUUGUUUCCACCAAUAAGGAGAAAGUUUCUGAGUUUGACGCUCUCUUUCAAACUCAUGCGGAGCCGCAGCGUAAAUCCAGACGGGAAAAUGAUCUGAAAGUCGAAGCGGAGAGAAAGAAAGAGGAAGGAAGAAAAAUGGAAGAAGAGCGAAGGAAGGAGGAGAGGAAAAGAAUCGAGGAAGAAAGAAAAAAAAUUGAGGAUGAGAAGCGCAGGGAAGAUAGGAAAAGAUUAGAAGAGAAGAGGAGAGAAGAAGAGAUGGAACGAAAAGAGGAGAAAAGAAGGCUGGAUGAGAAACGACGACUAGACGAUGAACGGGAAGUGAAACGAAGAAGGAUUGAUGUUGAAGAGGGGAGAAGUGGCGAGGGCUCUCUACCCCCUCUCAAACUGAAGCUAAGCCUCAAUAAGUCCCCAGACAAGAUUGACAGCACAUACAAAGUUGUUAAAAACAAAGAAGACGACCUGCUGAGUGUAACCAGUCAAAGUUCAUUAGGCUCUGAGAUUCCGAGUGAAGCUGAAAGUGACAGAACAGAUCACUCAAAUCUAUCCAAUGGAUUUCAUAAACAUACAAAAAGGAAUCCGUAUUACGAUGAACCGAUCAAACCAUACCCCUUCUCAGCCCCUAUUAUCCCCACACCACCUAGUCCUACACCCCCAGCAGCUAGUCCUCCAGUCAGCCCACCCCCAGCCAGUCCCCCGAGCAAGAGGAAUAGAAGACCAAAGACUGGAAAACUUGUACCUGAACCUGAACUGGAAUUAACCCGAUCCAUGUCUCCCGAUCCGGAAAUCGAAUUUCCCAAGCGGAAAGUUCCGGUGUCUAGGAGGGAAAAGUUAGUGAGGAAACCGUCACCUCCGGCGGAUCUAAAGGUUAAAGAGGAGAAAGUUUCUCAGUCGGAAGUUCCCAAAAGAAAACCAGUUAAAAAGGAGAAACGUGUUCUGCCGGAAGUCCGGGUUUCCUCUCCGGACUUUGAUCUCGACUUUCCAAAGCGGAAAGCAGCCGUCGUAAAAACAGAAGCACGGCCUGCAACCUACAAGAAAACAAUCUUUAAAAGCCGAUCCAAGCCUAAUCUUGAGAAACCUGCAAUAUUAGACAAUAAAAGUUCUCAAAAGGACGCAAUUUUAGAACCGCCACGUGUCCCACCUGUCUCCGACCAUUUUGUAGAUAUACCGCGAAGUAAGCCCUCUAAAACUCCGGCAAUUAACAUCAAUCAAAUCCUUGAAGAAGAUGAUUUCCCAGUACGAACAUCUAAGAGAAAGAAAGUCGAGAUAAGAGACCCAGUCGUAGAAAAACUUAAAGUUGAAAAAUCUGAGUUUUCUCUUGCUGAGUUGACUACCCCGGACCUAACAUCUUCACAAGAAACCCUUCCCCCUCCCUCCCCGGCCAACUUGUACUCCAUUGAACUGCCGGAGGGCGAUGACGACAUGGAUUUCCCCGCCAGGCUUCCCCUUAAAACCGCCUCUCAACCCAAACCUAUCGCCGAGGGGAGAGGGAAGAAAACAUUUUUUAAAAGUAAACUGAGCAAGCCGGCUGGGAAGGCAUCAGAGUUUUCUCUUGCUGAGAUGUCUACCCCGGACCUACCAUCUUCCCAAGAAACCCUUCCCCCUCCCUCCCCGGGCAACUUGUACUCCCUUGAACCGCUUGUGGACGAUGAUGAAAUGGAUUUUCCCGCCAGGCUUCCUCUUAAAACCGCUUCUCAACCCAAACCUAUCGCCGAGGGGAGAGGGAAGAAAACCUUCUUUAAAAGUAAACUGGGCAAGCCGGCUGGAAAGGCAUUGUCGUUGUACCGACACAAUGUUGGUUGGGCUGGGGAAGUGAAGAAACCGGAAAACAAGGCAGAGUCUUUGGACUUUAAUGAGGAGGACGAAGAGGAAGAUAGGAAUACUGAGAGUGAACCUAUUGCCUCUAUUGGCGAUAUCUCCUUUGCCCCGAGUAAGCUGACCAGGGUUGCCACCUACCCCACCAUGGAGACUAACAUAGAUGAUGAAGGUGAGUUGGUGACCCAGGUCAAGUGCCCGAAGUCUUACAAGUCCUACUUCACGGUCAUCAAGAAGGUUAAGAAAGCUCACGAGAUCAACGACUAUGGAGAAAACCAGGAGUUCCACGACGAUGUCGAUUAUAUUGUUGAUGGAUUAAAUGUCCGGCAUGCGGUUUCUCUCAGGUGUCUGACGGCAAUCUCCCUGGCCAGCAAGUGCAUGAAACCUAGCUUCAGAAUGCAUUUACGAGCACACAGUGUUGUCACUCGGUUCUUUGCAGAACUACAGGAUGCGCCUCAGAAUCCUAGUUUAGCGUUGUGUGCAUCUACAGUCUUAUUUGUGCUUUCUCAAGACAGACUUAAUAUGGAUAUGGAUAGGGAUUCCUUGAAAUUGAUGUUGAACCUACUGGAUACAGAUUGUAAGAUAGGAUCUGCUCUGGAAGGCACUGGGAUGGAUAAAAAAGAACUGGAGAAAAAUAAACAGAAGGUUAUAGAUAUCUGCGCUGAGAUGAAAACUAUGGGGCAUGCGCAAAGUUUAAACCUGGAUCUCAUAUCUGCUGAUCAUUUGAGUAUGGAAACUUUGUUGUCAAUGACAAGUAAGAGGGCUGGGGAGUGGUUUAAAGAGGAGCUUAGAGAGCUGGGAGGGCUGGGACAUCUUGCUAGAACCUUCAGUGAUUGUGUUAACUAUCUGACUAUUAAACCUAUCACCUCCUGGACUGAAAAACUCACUGACAAACUCAAGAAAGCCAACAGGAUACUGCGGGUGUUAGAGAAUGUAUCCAAUGAAAAUGAAGAGAAUUGUAACUACUUAAUCAGUCAUAGGAUAGAGAAUCAGGAAUUUAUCAGUAUUCUUCAGAAGUUGUUUAUUCUGCUAGAUACUGAAGUUCAGCUCAAUCCUACAACAGAUAAUUCAGAUAAAGAAUCUAUAGGAGUUAUAAUUCGGGACGCACUCUUCAGUAUAAUAAGGGUCCAUGUAAAUGUAGUUCAUGAUUAUACUAAGAAAGCCCGCGGUUCCCUUAUUGUUGGUCAGCAAACAGGAAUGAUGAGCCGAGCUCUAAGAUGCCUGUUUAUAAUCCCGUUCUGGUUUGUUCCCCUGAGUAAACGGUUUGAAAGCCUCGUACUGGCCCUUGCUCUCCUCAUCAACCUUGUAGAGAACUGUAUGGAGAACAGACAAACUCUCAUGGAUAGUAUGGCAGCUCAGAAGGAACUCAACUUCUGUGUCAAGGAGGAGCCGAGGCUAGCUAUUGAGGAUCUAGUCCAGAUGUACCUGGAUAGAGAGGAGCUUGCUAAACUCAGCGAGCAGAAGACAGAUAAUAUCCUAGAGGAUAUAGAGGAUGAAGUUCAGGAGAUUGAUCCAAAGGAGGAGGAGAAGAAGAAUGAGAAAGGAAAGGAUACAUUAGAGGAGACGGUCCAGAAGUUAAUCAACAAAGCUGGAAAUCAUAUGGAAUCAUAUAUUAUAGCUGCAUAUAUUGGACUGAUUAUUGGCUAUCUGACUAUAAGCUCAGACGACUACGAAUGCAGGAUUCGUGAAUACCUUCCUACCCGGGACUUCAAGUCUAUGGUUGAAGUGUUAAAGAAGCUAAACAGCUUCAUGGUUCUAACCAGUAAUGGGAGCAGUUAUGCUAAUAAAAGUAUUAAGGGAACCCAGCAUAUAAUCACCCACCUGACAAAGUUGGACGCUGAGCCUGAACCUGAUCAGGAUUCAGAGGAUGAAACAAAUCUAGAUUUUACAUUCGAUACCUCUAAGGAUUCGAUUACGCUGCAUGAUGGGCCUGACUUUUCCACAACGGACUUCGAAGGAUUUUCAGACUUUGGCAAAUUUUAGCCGCCAGAAAUAUUUGUUUUAUACAACACAAGAGUAUUUUUAUUCUUUAAACUUUAAAGUUUUGAUAUUUUAACUCGGUUUUAUUGCUUAAAUAAUAUUUUACAACGAAAAUUAAAUGUAUUUGUAAACACUUUUAAAUUUGUAAAUGUGAAAUCUUUCUUGGAAAAUUACUUUCUGUAUCGUUUUAGUUUCUUUAAUUUCCUUUGUAAUAUAUUGAUAUUAAGGUAUAUAAUGUAUCAACCAAAGAAAAAGUUCAUUUUAAGAUAACUUUUAUAUAGAACUAUGUUCAGUGUACAAUUGUAAAUGAAAUUAUAAAUCUAAACUGUACAGUAGUUCUGUUCAAGAUAAAUCUGAAUCGUCUCUUUCAAUUUUAGAAAUUAAAUUUUUAAAUUAAAAUUAAAUAUAUUUUGUUAAAAUA